CUUUUAUUUUAGACUCAUGUUUUUCUCAUGUUGAGUAACGGCUAUGCGACAUACGUGAUGAAUGCGCAAAUGUAAUCUAACUGAACAAAGUGCGUACGGAUCUGAAAUGGAGGAAUUAUUUCAAUUGAAGUCAGAAAAUCUGGAUCACUUGUUGCCACGAAUAAAAGGUAACUUGAUGUCGCCAAAGGAAAAAUCGCAAAUGUCUGCGCUCGAACAACUGACGAUCCUUUUAAAAUCUCAAGUCCACGCCGUUCGAAGUAGCGUUUUUACGAAGCUCAUCAAAUUCGACAUAAUUUCGAGCCUGUGUGACGUUUUAAAGACUUUUCGGGAACCGCUUAUAACUUCCGCUCUCGAGUGUUUGGCUUUAGCGAGCGAACAACGAAAGUUUUACGAAAGUCAGGUCGCCGCGGAAGCCGUGAGCUCUUUGCUUCGUCUUGCGCAUUACAUUGGAAUGUCGACGGACGUAGAAACAUGUCCUUCUUUGGAAAGGCUCCUUCGUGCUAUUCGCAAUAUAUUAUUCAACGGCAAAAAAUUAGGUAUUGAAGUCGAUAACGUAUGCGCUAUCAAUCAAAUCUUUUCAUUUAUCAAGGACUUGAGCCAAAAAUGCUUAUCCUAUGUAUUAAGGUUCACGAUUGUCGACAUUUUAAAUGUCCUACUCGAAUACGUAACGUUGGACGGGUACGAAAACGAAGAUGAGAGAUUGAUUCUCGAUGUUUGCAACGAGUCGAUAAAAUCUAUGAAAGAUAUCCUGGAACACGAUUACGAAGAAGAUUAUGCAUCGACGAACGCCAUUGUCGGCUUAUGCUGCCUUUGCGCUUCCAGCAUGCGAUUUUGCGACAAGGAUUAUCUGACGGACGUUGACGAGGUUGGCAAUAUGACUCCGACGCGGGACAAAAUAUCUCUCGGAAAGACUAUUUAUGCGAUCGUUAUGUAUACCAUUAUACCGCGUCUUAAAAACGUACGCUUGGAUCAAGAGAAUACCAUCAAGUGUUACGACAGUUUUGUUUCUUGUCUCAAUAACAUGUACAAUAUGAGAGAUUUUAAACAAGAGGAUAUAGCUAAUCAUUUAGCAGGAAACGGUUAUUUUAAAUAUUUCUUACGUCUUAGCGCUCAACUUUUAUUACACCAACGACGAAGUAUUUGUAUCUUACUGACGCGGACAUUGAUCACUUUAGCGAAAUACUCUUUAUCGAUCGACAAGUUGCCCGAAGGCGUUAAUGUAUUUUCAAGUAGGAUGUUUGAUGGAUUUCUCUCUCUACCGAAUGAUCUCGAACAGUGGACCGACAUAAUUGCGAGUUCCGAUGAUCGUAAUACGGCUUUAAUGAUUUCCCUUUACUAUCAUUAUCAUGCGACCAGGGAACUCGACGUGAUUUCGUUCGAAUCUCUGAUAAAAAGAUUGUUAAAAUUAGAAGACGUUCGAUCGAUAAUCGUACCAAUUCUAAAGCCAUUAUGGUUUUUAUUCGCUGUGUCAUUUUUGUCUCAUCCAUUACCGGACAAAAACUGCGAGUAUGGAAAAGCGGUGAAAAAAUUAACAAUGGCUUUACAAUACUCGGAAUUAAGUCAGUGUUACACUCAUCACAUCGAGCUCUUACAUUUUUCUCUCAAAUGUCCCGAGAUAACGAACGACUUACGAUACAGAGUAAUGGAUAUGUGGCUGAUAGAAUCCGAUGGUGACAUCGCACCUCUCUUGAAGCUCGAUUGUCACAGCGUCGUUAGACAUUGUUUACUGAUUAUAGUACAAAAUGGAAGCCUCGACGGAAGCGUGGUUCGUUUAGCUGUAAAAGGAAUACGUCAAUCGAUGCUGAUUGGUAAUUGCGACGAGAUUGCCGACAUAGUUUGGAACAUGCUCCCAAAUGUUCUCCUAUCUGGCAGCCCAAAUCGAAUUGAACAUAUUAAAGCGGUGCUUGAAUUAUCCAGUAUGUCGGAGCCUACUUAUUUAUCAACGCAUACAAUGAAGGUGUGCGCAGACGCUCUCAUAAAAAUAAUUUUAACCGAAGACGUAGAUGUUAAUUUUCAGAAAUUACUUAUAAAGCAGGCAUACAUCGUACUUGUCGCUUCUACGGCACGCAAUUACUUAAAAAUUCUUUCUAAGUACAUAAAUGAAACGAGAUUAUUGGAGAAAUUACGCGAUUAUGCGUUUUCCGAAGACGAAUCGACAUUAUCUGCAAUAUCAUUGAAAUUUCUCGCUUUUAUUAUUCAUUUUCAAUCGCAAUCUUCGAUCGAGUGCGUCAAACCCGUAACGAUUGAAAUACGUGAUUUAUAUGCCCUUUUGUGGAUUAUGGAAAAGUCACGACUGGUUUGUCCAAAUGGCUUGGAAUUUUUACACGAGCUGUUGAGUCAAAACAAUGCAGGAAUGGCUGUAACAUUGAAAAGCGUUCCCUUUAACACACCGGAUAAAGAUGAAAUCACAACGAUUCUAGAUAUUUACGAGAUGCUUCAUGUUAUUCACUCGAAGAGUAUUCCAGUGGAAAGAGAAAUUGUUUAUCAAUGCCUAACCGACGUUCUCAAGUUUUGUCACGUCAAAGUAGAGAAACUGAUGUAUCAUCUAUGCACUGCCAUUAGUAACUACGACCUCGUCAUCGGUGUAGCAAAAACACGUUACUUGUCUUCUCAUUUUCUCCAUUUUGUCACCACGUGGCUUCGCUAUCGAAAGAUAUACAGCGACGAAGAAGUACCGUUUAACUCAAGAUCUUUGUUCAAAUCACCUUUUGACGAAACUAUGGAACAAUUAUCGGAAUAUAUGAAUUUUCUCAAAUCCAAGGACGAAGACGAGGCUUGUACACGAUUGUAUCAUGCGUUAUCAUUCUUCAAAGGUUACAAGAUGACGAACGUUCGUAUCUUUGGAAACGAGGAAGCUAGUUCUUCUUUUUCAAAAUCCGCUUGUUCGUCGCCGACGUAAGCAGAAAGAACGUUGACUUUCCCAGGAUAGCGGUUAGCAAUAGAUAAUACAUCGACCUUUUGACGGAUCGAAAGGCAUGUCUUAUUUAUUUGCGCGGAC